GGUAGGGGCACAAGAAUUCUCUUUCCAGUAUCACUCUUCCCUUGCUUGAUUCAAAGCUCCACCAAGGGCAGUGUUCCUCAGGUUCCCUUCUCAAGUUUCUGUCCAAGUCAGGGCUGGAGAGUUCUUAGCUCCCUUAAAGGCCAGAUGGUUUUCUACUUCUCCUCCUGAACUCCACCACCCUCACCUAGAAGUAACUCCCAUAAGAUCCCUGCCUCUUUGUGAGAAAAUCCAGGAACCUGGGACUAAGGCUCCCAUCUCAGGGAAGGUGGAAGGGAUAGGCAGGUAAUAGAAAAGAAAGCAGCCCUCGCCUCUGCGGGAGCAUCCGCCGACUGGCCCCUUCAGCACCAGGAACCUGUGGGAGAAAGGAAAGUACUGGGAAAGGAAGUAUGCGGAAGACCUGGGGAGAAGGUUGUCUGUCUCCAGAUCCCUUGGCUUUCUUCAGAGAUAAGACGUAAUGAAAGGUAAAUGGGGGCGGGAAAAGUUCUGAAAGCACCAGCCCGACGACUGAAAGGGAGACGCCAGGCGCCUCCCUCUCAGCUCUCGGCGGGCACUUCUGACCACUGGGGUAGGUGGUCCCCCUCCAGCCAAUCAGAAAGGUGCCUGGCGUUCCCUGGCGACCAUUCAAGCCUAUCAGUUGGUGAAUAGCGCUAGGAGGCGGGACGAUGAGAGCACGAGCUCCCCCGGCCAAUCGCCGCACUCCCAGGGAGUUAGGGGCGGUGCUUCUGGAAACUGGAGGCGGAGCUGUUUCCUUGGCAACGAUCCUAGCCCUCCAGGAGUCGGCACUGACGGACGCAGGGCCCGGGUGACGGAUAGAUAGGCUCCUGGACGGAUGGAGACCUAGGACACAGCACACAAACUACCCCAGCCUUUUCUGCCUGCUCCAGGGCGCCCCGUCCUCCCCCACCUGAACGCCGGGGCCAUCCAGCCCAGGGUUAAUGCCAACGAGUUUCCACCUCCAGCCGCUCCUAGAGAGGCCGUGGCGCUAGCCAGCGGGGGAAACUGGCCGCGGACGGACACUUCCUGUGCGGGGGGAGGAGGGGGUCGGAUAGCCGCAGACCAGCCCGGGCUGGGGGGCCAGACGGCGGGGUCGCGGGCGGGGAGCGGCCUCCGGGGGCGGCAGGGCGAGUCGUGAAGACCCUCACCUCCGAGGCCACGACGCACGGGACCUUGGAGGGCCCCAGGGCAAGGCGAGACCUUGUGGGUGGGGGCGGGGCCGUGGGUAGGGGAGGGGCCCAGCCGGCUGGAGAGGCCCAGGGUCAAGACGUCCGGCCUCAGGGGCCCGGGCUGGGCAGCCGGGUCCCCUGGGCGGCGCUGAGCAGGCGGGCGGCGAGGGCCCGGGUCUCAGGGCACUCAGGCCUGGUCGCAGGAUCGUCCGCCAUCACCGCCACCGCCGCACUGGGAGCCGGCGGGGAUGGAACGGGAGGCGUCGCCGUGGGGCCUCGAGCCCGGGGAUGUGCAAAGUCCUGACGAACUGGGGAGCCCCGAAGGGUCCCUCAAAGGCAACAUGAGUGAGAAUGAGGAAGAAGAAAUGUCUCAACAAGAAGGCACUGGGGACUAUGAGGUCGAAGAGAUACCCUUUGGGCUGGAUCCCCAGAGCCCUGGGUUUGAGCCGCAGAGCCCUGGGUUUGAAUCCCAAAGCCCCAGGUUUGAGCCGGAAAGCCCAGGGUUUGAAUCCCGAAGCCCUGGGUUUGUGCCCCCAAGCCCUGAAUUUGCACCCAGAAGUCCUGACUCAGAUUCUCAGAGCCCUGAGUUUGAACCCCAAAGUCCAAGGUAUGAGCCCCAAAGCCCUGGCUAUGAACCCAGGAGCCCUGGUUAUGAACCCAAGAGUCCUGGGUAUGAACCCAAAAGCCCUGGGUAUGAACCCCGGAGUCCUGGGUAUGAAUCCCAGAGCCCAGGAUAUGAGCCCCAGAAUCCUGAGUUCAAAACCCAAAGCCCUGAAUUUGAAGCUCAAAGUUCCAAAUUUGAGGAAGGUGCAGAGAUGCUUCUGAAUCCUGAAGAAAAGAGUCCUUUGAGCAUCCCCUUGGGAGUCCACCCCUUGGACUCCUUCACCCAGGGGUUUGGGGAGGAGCCCACGGGGGGUCUGCCCCUAGGGCCACCUUUUGAGAUGCCCACAGGGACCCUGCUGGCUACACCCCAGUUUGAGAUGCUCCAAAAUCCCCUGGGCCUGACAGGGGCCCUUCGGGGUCCAGGUCGGCGGGGUGGCCGGGCCAGGGGUGGGCAGGGCCCUCGGCCUAAUAUCUGUGGCAUCUGUGGGAAGAGCUUCGGGCGGGGCUCCACCCUGAUCCAGCACCAGCGCAUCCAUACGGGUGAGAAGCCCUAUAAAUGUGAGGUCUGUAGCAAGGCCUUCUCCCAGAGCUCUGACCUCAUCAAACACCAGCGCACCCACACGGGCGAGCGGCCCUACAAGUGUCCCCGUUGUGGCAAGGCCUUCGCCGACAGCUCUUACCUGCUUCGCCACCAGCGUACCCACUCUGGUCAGAAGCCCUACAAGUGCCCGCACUGUGGCAAGGCCUUCGGUGACAGCUCCUACCUCCUGCGGCACCAGCGCACCCACAGCCACGAGCGGCCCUACAGCUGCCCCGAGUGCGGCAAGUGCUACAGCCAGAACUCUUCCCUCCGUAGUCACCAGAGGGUGCACACCGGGCAGAGGCCCUUCAGCUGUGGCAUCUGUGGCAAGAGCUUCUCACAGCGCUCGGCACUUAUCCCCCAUGCCCGCAGCCACGCCCGUGAGAAGCCCUUCAAGUGCCCUGAGUGCGGCAAGCGCUUUGGCCAGAGCUCUGUGCUGGCCAUCCAUGCCCGCACCCACCUGCCAGGCCGUACCUACAGCUGCCCCGACUGCGGCAAGACCUUCAACCGCUCCUCCACGCUGAUUCAGCACCAGCGCUCCCACACAGGCGAGCGGCCCUACCGGUGUGCCGUGUGCGGCAAGGGCUUCUGCCGCUCCUCCACACUGCUGCAGCACCACCGGGUGCACAGCGGGGAGCGGCCCUACAAGUGCGAUGACUGUGGAAAAGCCUUCUCACAGAGCUCCGACCUCAUCCGCCACCAGCGGACCCACGCAGCCGGCCGGCGCUGACCUGGGGCCCUGCCAGGGGUGGGGAGGUGAUGGGCAGGAGAAACGGGCCAGGGAGCUGAGAAACCUUUAGAGGGAAUAGUGGAAAACCUGGGGGAGGAUGGAAGAGUUGAGGGCCAGGGUGGAGGAAGUUACGUGCCCUGGAGACUUCUGGGAAAUGGGCUAUGAAGAGGGGUUGGAGAGAGGCCAAGCAGGCAGUGGGAGGCUCUGGGAGAGAUCCAGAAAAGAGGUCAGUGGAGAGCUGGCCUCAGCAGCAGCAUGCCCCUUGGUGGGUGCCUGGCUUGGCAAAGCUCUAGGCUGGGGUGGGGGGAGGGGGGAGG